AUGGCGCUAGCCAACAGCUCCUCCACGUUGCACCCGGUGAAAAACGAAAACAUCGUGGACAGCACGGCCGCUACCACCGUGGGCGCCCUCAUCCUCAGCCUGGUCUUCCUCUUGGGCUUACCCGGCAACCUCUUUGUCAUCUGGAGCAUCAUGGCUCGGGCCCGAAAGCAAACCAUCACCACGCUCCUCAUCCUCAACCUGGCCAUCGCCGACGGUUCGCUGAUGGCGUUGACGCCGUUCUUCAUUGCUUACUUGGUGAUGAAGAGGUGGGUGUUUGGGACAGUGAUGUGCAAGGUGCUCUUCUACCUGUGCCUGGCCAACAUGUACGCCUCCAUCCACAUCAUCACCCUCAUGAGUCUCUAUCGGCUGCUGGCCGUACUGCGGCCGCAGCGCGUGAGCGUCCUGGUGGGCCAACGGACGGUGGCGUGGACGCUGGCGCUCAUGUGGGCGUUGGUGGCAAUCGCCUCCGUUCCCGCGAUCGUCUUCCGCGACGUGAGGACCAAUGCCGACCGCGCCAUCUGCGACUCCUACCACGACGACGAGAGUCACACGGUGGUCCAGUACAUGCUGGAACUUGUUUUGGGUUUCCUGAUCCCGUACAGCAUCGUGGUGGUCAGCUACAUCUGCAUCCUACGCCGCAUCCGACAGACCAAAUUCCGCCGACGCAUUCGUAGCGAGAAACUCAUCUUGGCCAUCGUGGUGACCUUUUGUGCCUUCUGGCUGCCCUACCACAUGGUCAACAUGGUGCAGGUCACGUGGGCGCUCUGUCCUGAGGGUUCGGUUAAAACAACGCUGGCGAAAAUCUGGCACCGAAGUCGCGCUGUCACGUCCGCUGUGGCCUUCAUCAGCAGCUGCGCCAACCCGGUGCUGUACUUCUUUGCCGGCAAGUCAUACAUCCGGCGCGAGGGUCUGGCCUUCAUGGCCCGCCUGUUUGAGGCGGCCGCCCUGGAUUCCAUCUCCAGGAAGAGCCGUCAGAACAGCCAGAACAGCCGCGACAAGGACAAAGAGGCAGAUGGGGUCAUGCUGAAGGACAAAUUUCAGGACUCCAACUCGAGCGCCAAUGUCAAAGUGCUGAAGUCUCCGACGUGACGAAGCCUCUGACAUCUCGCCGCUGCUGGCUGGCAUCUCCGAAUGUCUCGUCCGUCCUUUGGCACGGUGAGCUGUCCUGAUGAACAAUGAGGACGGCGAGCCUCAAAAGAAGAGCUCGGGGACUUAUUGAUGUCCAUUUUUUUUCUUGCCAUGGUCUGUGUUGUUGUCUUAUGCAAGUAUGUCUUUGCAUAACAGAAAAGGUCCAAAUAAACAAGCUGUUCCAGCCGCACCGUUACAAAAA